AGCCAGGUAGCGGCCAGACUGACACGUAACAGAGCGGCGUAAAAUUUUAAGGAAGAAGCUGCGUCUUUUCUAUUGACUCCGGAUCACCACCACCUCCUCCUCGCGUCACACUUGAUGAGCAGUUGAGGCGUCCCGGUCCUGGAGCCCCUAGGAGCGCCUCGAAAGCGACCGAAGCGGGAUCGUUAGGCAGGGAGAGCCGACGCUUAAAAUGAGAUUUUCAGUGUUUAUUUCUGUCCUGCGGUCGCUCGGCCCGGUGGUAAUCGGCAUUUCAUUGGGCUUCACGUUGAGUUUGUUGAGCGUGAGCUGGACGGAAGAAACGUGUCCUCUCGAGAGCCAGGAGGGCGGUGAUGUGACUUCAGGUCAGGAUGGACUGCUCAAAGGAGCCCGAAAGCCCAACUCCGUUUCGGCCGGGAACGAUGCGGAGUCCGGAGAGGAUUUUGAACCAAGAAUAGUCCCUUACAAACAAGUCCAGCCUGCUGCCCCAAAGAAAGUCUUCAGGGCUAAGUACAUCAGCACAGAGUUGGGGAUGCGAGAGCGCCUGUUCGUUGGGGUUCUAACAUCUAAAAGCACCAUCAACACUCUGGGCGUAGCUGUGAAUCGCACCAUAAACCACCACUUCGACACCGUGGUCUUCUUCACUGGCUCCCGCAACCGCAAAGUCCCUCACGGCAUGUUUGUGGUUUCCCACGGAGACGACAGACUCAUAUGGAACAUGUUUCAAACCAUCAGAUACAUUUUUGAUCACUACAUCAAUGAAUAUGACUGGUUCUACUUCAUCCAGGACGAUGCCUACACAGAAGCGGACAGGAUCAAAACCCUGGUGGAGCACCUGAGUAUGGAUCGAGAGCUUUACCUGGGCAGGCCUGAGGAGUUCAUAGGUGGGGAGAUGGAAGGGAAAUAUUGCUAUGGAGGGUUUGGGUACCUCCUGUCCCGUAGCUUACUUAUACGACUCCAGCCCUUCCUGGAAAACUGCAGGAACGACAUCCUGAGCUCCAGGCCAGAUGAGUGGCUCGGGAGAUGCAUCAUUGAUUACACCAGCUCAAACUGCGUUAGUAAGUUCGAGGGCCUUGAGUACCACCAUUACCAGCUCGGAAAAAACUAUGAUCCCAAUAAAGAACAGAGUGAAGAGUUCAAGAAAGCUCUGACUGUUCAUCCGGUGUCUGACCCUGAACAAAUGUACCGGCUGCACAGAUACUUCUCUGAGAUUGAACUCCAAAAGACUUACGAUGAGAUUGCUAAGCUGCAGGCAGAGAUAAAAAAUGUCAGCAUUCUCGCUUUUGAAGGCAAUCGAAGUGCCCAGUGGCCUGUUGGGGUCAACCCUUCUUUUGAGCCUAAAUCCCGGUUUGAAGUUCUGAAGUGGGAAUACUUCACAGAAGAAGAGAUUUAUUCAUGCAUCGAUGAUUCUCCAAAGUGUGAGCUGCAUGGCAUUGAUAAAAUGGAAGUAGCAGAUGUCAUUGACACAGCUAUAGAGCAGCUCAACAAGAAGUACAUGCCUGUCUUACAUCUUAAGAAGCAACAGCUGAUUAAUGGCUACAGGCGCUUCGACCCCACGAGGGGGAUGGAGUACACCUUAGACCUUCAGCUUGAGGUUGUUAAUCAGAAAGGUCGCAGCCGGUCCAUCACCAAGAGAGUCCACCUGGUGCGACCUUUAAGCCACAUAGAGAUCAUUCCAAUGCCCUAUGUCACUGAAGCUACAAGGGUUCACAUCAUUAUACCUCUGAUUUCGGAAGACCGGAGUUAUGUCAACCAUUUCCUGGAAGGUUUUGCCUCCAAUGCCUUUGAGACGAGUGAAAAUGCAGUCCUGACAUUUUUGUUCAUUUAUGACCCGGAGGAGGCUCAACAUGUGAAUCACGAUGAUAUUUUUGCCGAUGUUAAGAAUCAGAUAAAUGUUUAUGAACGAAAAUAUCCAGCCGUGAAAAUCCCGUGGAUAAGUGUGAAAACAGAAAUCCCAUCGCAGAUCAAAUUCAUGGACAUCAUCUCAAAGAAACACCCUGUUGACACUUUGUUCUUCUUGGCCCACAUUAACACGAACAUCAACGCAGAGUUCUUGAACCGCUGUCGCAUGAACUCAAUAAACAAUUGGCAGGUGUUCUUUCCCAUCCAUUUUCAGGAAUACAAUUCUGACGUGGCCUAUCACAACCAGCCACGUCCAGCCACGGUGGACCUGGUGAAGGACGCCGGACAUUUUGACCGCAGGUCAUUUGAUGAAGCCUGCUUUUACAACUCAGACUACAUGUCAACACGGUCUCGAAUGGUGGAAGAUGUCCAGGAGAAUGAAGAUCUUCUAGAGAGCCUGGACAUCUAUGAAAUGUUUGUAAAGUAUUCAGGUUUACAUGUUUUCAGGGCAGUGGAACCUGCCUUACACCAGCAAUAUCGUUACCGAUCCUGCAACCCAAAACUCAGUGAAGACCUCUAUCACAGAUGUACACUGAGCAACAUGGAGGGCCUUGGCUCGCGAUCCCAGCUUGCAAUGCUGCUGUUUGAGCAAGAACAAGGAAACAGUACUUGAAAAUGCCAGAUAAAAUCUGCUCCUGCACGAUUUUACAUGGAGGAUGGGGAACGUUGAAUAAGAGGCAACAAGUCUACCGCCACUUUUAAACUAAACCCUACACUUUUCAUAAACACAGCCCACGUUUGAGGCAGUGGGAUGUUCUCCACUGUGCUUUAAGGACUAUUUGGUUUAUUAGAUCUCAUAGCUUGUUUCUGUUAUGAUUGUUCUACUUUCAUGAGGAAACUGAAUCUUGAGUUGCUAAAAAACCAAAUGCUUUUGCUUUUACAAAGUUUGGAAAUUGUGUUAGGCAAUUUUUUUACCACUAGAGGGGGAAAAUUCAAGAGGCAGACUUGUUGUUUCGAUGGUGAUUUAUGACGUGGCGAGCACUCCUUUUCCUAGAGCAAACUGGGCUGAAAUUGGUAAUGGCUUUGGUCAUCACCAGGAACGGACUCCAGUGAGGUUAAGAGCAUCAGAAGCAAAGUAAGAAAGGCCUUGACUUUUCCACAUAACCAGCAGAAAAGGGCUACACGAGACGUUUUUUUCUACAUGGAAUGUAUCGCAUGUUUGAUUCACAAACUGCUGAAUGAAAAUUGUGGUUCUCUACAAUUUGCCAAACAAUACGUGAGCUAAAGUGCUGGGUACAGCUGCUCAUGAUUCGGUGGUAAAAUUACGAGUGGGGUGGGCAGUAAAAUCAAUUAACCACAACAAUGAGAGGCUGUGAGUGCUAAUAAACUGUUGUGGGUGUUGCUUUUCACUGGGGUCAUAUCCUUUAGAGAACACCCUUCAGUUUAACAUCAGCUGUAUUUUAAAUUGGAUGUUAAUGUCAACCUCUGAUAGAUUGACAUUGGUAUGUUGCACCACUAUUUGGGUGCCCCCCUUCUCACAAGGGCAUUCUGUUUUUAAACUUUUGAUACUUAACUGGUUUGAGUAUUUACAAAAGUGUAUCUUUGCAUAAUGUGCCUUUGACAAAGAUCUUCCCUAUGCUGCCUGUUUUUACAUUGAUAUUUUGGUAUUGCUACGACUGUUUUAAAUGCAUGGGAGAGUUGCUGUGGAUGAAGCCUGUUACAGCUGGGAGACUGAAGAGCUUCUUGGUUUAUUUAAAAAAAUAUGGCACACUCGGACAUGUGAUGAAUGCAACCAUCUGCAGGCUGUAAAAGUGCCUGAAAGCAGGGAGGAGUUCUCCGGGAAGUGUCUGCUGGUUUUCAUAAGCAAUACAUGAAGUGGCUGAUCACGUCGUUUUCCCCUUGAACACUUCUACUGGUACGAGAACAUUUACAAGCGUAGGAGCCUUAUGAAUACUUUUGGGAAAUCACUUUGAUAAAUGUCUGAAUGCAAGCAUUAGUUUUAUAAAAGCUUUUGGUAACACUCUAUAAUAAGGGUCCUUUUUUAACGUUACUUAUUGCAUUAUUAAGCAUUAAUAAACUAUUAAAUAAAGUAUUAACAACUGCUUAAUCACAUCAUGUAAUACAUUACUAAGCAGACACUCCCCCUGGCCCUUUGGCCUAACCUUAAGGAUAGUUAACAGUAAUGUUAAUAAAGGGACCCUUUGUUUAGUAAUGCUUAAUAAUGCACUAAGUAACGUUAAUAAAAGGACCCUUAUUGUGAAGUGUUACCAAGUUUUCAACUGAAGUAAGGUAUUUCAAUAUUUUGUUUAUCUGUUCCAAAGUACUUUAGUCUGUUUCAUAAUUUCAAUGUCUUUGUCCUCAAGUUGUCGGGAUGUCUGCUCUCUUCCAGAUGUUUUGUGAAAUGCGGUAGGAGGUUAUGGAUGUAGUGGUACUGAACAACAUUUAAGUUAUUAGUAGAUUAUAAUGUGCAAUACUACAGACGAUACAGCUGAGUUGGCAGCUCCUAAUGGACAAAACUAUUAUUUUCAAAGACAUUUUUGACUCAAGUGCAGCGGCGUGUACAUCACAGUGCUGUCCGUGACUCAUACCUUCUGUUUGAUGCAAAGUGAAUACACUGUAAUUUCUUCGACAGGCCCUUAUAAUGUAUUCUGCUCUCACUAGACACUUUUUUCUCCUUCAAAUUUACUUUGAUAUGCAUAAGACCAAGCAGACUCCUUUUAUUUAACCAUAAUUGGAUUUAAUAUACAGUAUGUGUUGGUUGGAUGCACUACAGCAGCAGUGGUGGUCCCUAAGCAGUGUUUUUACUGUAUUAUAUGCCAUGUGAACACAGAGCAUUGAGGUUGUUUUUUAGUAACUUUUUUCUUUUUUAACGCAUCUCUUUUUUUCAAACAUGAGAGCAGUUUUUUUUCUUGUGGCAGUGCACCUGCUAGCCUAGGAUGAAUGUUUAAUAAGGAUUGGAAAUUGAGUCUUCCAACAAAAAGAAUCACUGUGAAAGGAGGCUGAGAUUACAAUAUGAAGUUACUGAGUUGUGUUUUUCUUUGCCUUCUGUAGAUAUGAAAGGCCUGAAAUAAAGGGAGAAGGCAGAAUAAUGGUCCUGUUUUGUUUCCAUAGCCAACAUCGCUGAGCGAAGGCUCCUUCGUAUUUUUGUCCAUAAUUUAUUUAUCUGUCACAUCUCCUGAAUUACACCGAUUCUUAAUACUUCUGCACUAACAGAGGCUUUCAUGACAUUCUUUGUACAUUUAUAAAACUUCUUAUAGGUAUUUUAUUUUUGUUUGUUAGUUUUUUCAUAGCAAGUUAUAUUUUAUUAUAUUUUUGGCAAAAUCGUAUGGAAAAAGCACAUGCGUUAUUGUAUUUUGUGGUCCCAAAAUCAUGUCAUGAGUUGUGUGUAUUUUACUUGUUACAUUAAUUCACUGCGGAAAACAGAAAAUAACCAAGGCUGAAGUUUUUAAUGUCCACGGGUACUCCGAAAGAAAGAAAACCAAAGCAGUCCAGUUUUGUUAAUGCACAUGACAAGUAACUAAGUGCUGUAAUUCUGAAUAAACUGUGAAUUAUUGUAAUUUAAAAAAAUAAAGAUUUUUUAAAGUA